AUGGAGACCAAGCCCUCAGACACCCCACGUAUCCGCAAGAAGAGGAUUCCGGCUAAAUGCGAUGGUAAAAGACCUUGCUCACGAUGCUGCGAGCUGAAAAAGAUCUGCGCCUUUAUCGAUCCUCCCAAAGAGGCCCAUCAGCUUCGAAUAGAGGAGCUUGAACAACAGGUUGCAGCACUAAAAGACCAACUUCGAAGAACUUCUUCUUCCACACAGACCGGUCCUCAAAUUGAGACUAGCCACACAAAUCUCGGUCAGCAUCUGGGCGUCAGUUCACAGGUUUCACCAAACUUGGAGCAUGGACCCUUCGUUCCAACUGCUCAAUUCAACUCUGGUGAAUUAGCCCUCAUUCGUCCAUCGCACACAGAAUCACCGACAGAUACUGUGCUGUCCAGCAAACAAAUCAAAUCCAAUUUCGAGAUUGGCUCUGUUACAUUACCUGAUUGUGUGGACGCCGGGCUGCUCAGCAUUGAGCAAGCCGAAGAAUAUUUUUCCAUCUUCUUUCAGGGAUGCGACCAUUCUGUGCCAGUCUUUGAUCCCCGAUAUGACUCGUUUCAGAGCAUCCGUGCAAGAAGCAGUCUGCUUUUCAGCGCCAUUUGCACAAUUGGCUGCCGUGUUGUGACCGGAACCGACACUCAACAAUGGCACAUGCUGGAUUUCCAUGUCAAGAGAAUGCUAAACUGCGCCUUGGCAAGGCCAGCUAUGGCUUCGCUGGAGACUAUUCAAGCAUUGCUGGUCCGCUCAUGCUAUGCAUCUGAGAGAUCGCUCCUCGUCGCAGCCGCAACACGGAUGGCUCUUGAUCUCAGUUUCCCCGACUCCUACGACGAGAUGAUCAAUCGGUCUGCGGUGCUGGCAACACGAAGGCCCUCGGCAGGAAUCGAUGAAGAAACAGUCGUUUCGAUGCGAAGAAUCAGGACUUGGCUUCAUCUAUUCGUCCUGGGUCACAUCUUACACGUCGAUGCCUCUGAUCUACCAACCUUCAAGUUCGUCGGCGAUUCACGGAGAAGCCGAAUCAUUCUUAAAAGCUCGGCUGCAACUGAACUCGAUCUGUUUUUGUUCUCCCAAGUUGAACUUAAUGUGAUUCGUGGCAGAAUCUACGAUUCACUAGCUAGCCAUGUGGGCUUUGGUGAUGAAGACAUGCUGGAUGUUGUCCGUGAAGCUAGGAUUGACAUAUCCAUAUGGUUCGACGACUGGGCACACAUUUUCGAGAAGCACAGCAUUCAAGCACCUUGGCUCAGUGUCAACCUUCGCGUCCAGAAAUGUUGGGCUGAAAACAUGGCUCUAUGUCGUGCUGUGAGAGCAACCGGCGUGGAAAAUGUCGACUUCAUGUCGCCUGCUCAAAAAUCGGUUGUUGCCAUGGCCAAGGAUGCUUUGGAGGAACAUCUGGAUAUAAUGAUUGAAGAACCAAGAUUGUAUAUCCGCAACCUGAGAUUCGCAAUGGACUUUGUCUGGGCAAAGUGUGCCUUUUGCUAUUUACUGCUUCUCAAACUUUCUAUCCUGCUACCUGAGAGCAAAGGACGCUCCAGCAGAGAACUUGUUGCCCACGGCAACAUCCUCUUAAACGAACUAAGCGAGGCAAGCGGCGGCAAUCAUAACGGAAGCCGGAGUAAUACUGGAAAGCAAUAUCUACAACUCCUCCAGACCGGCAUUGAGAAAUUCAGCAGCGUCACUCAUGAAGCUCAUAAUACGGCCCUGAGCAUUGCAAAUGAUGAGAGUUUUUCAUCUCGACGAACGCCUGGCUAUGGUACGCAAAAUCGGAUGGAGUUGGAUUCGUUUGUCCCUGAGCAGUUCAUCUUUGAGUGGGAUUUCCCUGGCCUCACGCUCUUCUCUUCAUCGGCGAUUGGCGUUGCCUGGCUUGAUGACAUACUCGUCGAGGCACUUAAUGGGGGCGAAGACCUAUUCGGGUGGCCACCGGCUGACGUUGAGAGCUAA